CGAAGAUAUAUUGCACCCUACAGCUGAUCAUCUCCACGUCGUAGCCAUAGCAGCUUUAGCUUCACAUACAUACACACACAUACAUACGUAGGCAUGGGCACCAGCAACGCCCGGCGGCUGAUGGUCGUGUCGUGCCUGGCCGUCCUGGCGCUCGCGGCCGGGGCGCGCCGGCCGAGCGUCCACCACGCCGCCGCACCAAGCGCUGCGGCGCCGGCUCCCAGCAACGGCGGAGUAGAGGCGAAGGUCGGCGGGUUCGCGAGGGCGGACGGGGCGCGGUUCACGGUGGGCGGCCGGCCGUUCUACCCGAACGGCUUCAACGCCUACUGGCUCAUGUACAUGGCGUCCAACCCCGGCGACCGGAGCAAGGUGCUCGCCACGCUUGACCAGGCGUCCCACGUCGGCGCGACGGUCAUCAGGACGUGGGCCUUCAACGACGGCGGGAGCAACCGGCCGCUGCAGAUCACCCCCGGCGUCUACAGCGAGGACGUGUUCCUGGGACUAGAUUUCGUGAUCGCCGAAGCGAAGAAGCGAGGUCUCUACUUGAUCCUGAGCCUGGCAAACAACUGGGGUGACUUUGGCGGGAAGAAACAAUACGUGCAGUGGGCCAAAGACCAGGGCCACAACCUGGGCUCCGAAGACGACUUCUUCACGGACCGCCACACCCAGAACUUGUACAUGAACCACAUCAAGAGGGUGCUCACCAGAGUCAACAACUUCACGGGAGUGGCGUACAAGGACGAGCCCACCAUCUUUGCAUGGGAGCUGAUGAACGAGCCCCGCGUCCCCAGCGACCUCUCCGGGAAGACCAUGCAGGCCUGGGUGGCGCUCAUGUCCUCCUACGUCAAGUCCAUCGACGAUAAGCACAUGGUGGAGAUCGGCCUCGAGGGGUUCUACGGCGACUCCUCGCCGGAGCGCAAGCGGUUCAACCCGGGCGGCAGUUACAGCGCGGGCACCGACUUCAUCGGAAACAACCGCAUCCCCACCGUCGACUUCGCCACCAUCCACUCCUACCCCGACCAGUGGGUGCCGGGGUCGACGAGCGAGCAGCAGGUGGAGUUCAUGAAGAAAUGGUUGGCGUCGCACACGGAGGACGCGGCGGCGGCGCUGCGGAAGCCGCUGCUGGUGGCGGAGUUCGGAUGGAAGUCGAGCGGCAACGCGGUGGCGGCGCGCGACGACUACUUCCGCUUGGUGUACGACGCCAUCUACGCGUCGGUGAAGGGGGGCGGGCCGUGCGCCGGGGCCCUCUUCUGGCAGGUGUUGGCGCCCGGGAUGGAGAGCUGGGCCGACGGGUACGAGGUCGUGCUUGAGCGCAGCUCCACCACCGCCGCCCUCGUCUCCCAGGAGUGCGCUAGGAUCGGCAAAAUCACGCCGUGAGUCUAGCUUGCGUAUAUGCAUGCAUCCAUGGGUGUGCAUUCCGCCGCGCGCGCGUGCGUUGGGGAAGCAGCCCUGCAGGAAGCAAGGACUCACGAAUCGUGUUAGGAUAAUUGCAAUCGGCUAAUUACGUCAAGAUUGCUCACAAAUAAGCCUAACAUAUGUAGUAUGUGGCAUACCAAGAAAGGGAGGCCCCCAUUGUAACAUACUAAUAAAGAUUUACCCGCAAAAAAAUACUAAUAAAGAUUUUUGUAAAGGACC